UUGCCAUUCGCCUGCAAUAUUAGAAUAAUUAAAUGUAGAUAUAAUAAAUUCAGAAACUCAUUUCUCAUUGUGAAAAGUUAAAUGACUUUGUAAUUUUUCUGAUCCGAUCGAAAAACAAACAAAAGAUCUGAUCCCUAAUUCUCAGAAGAUUUAAUAUAAUCUCGAAAGAUAAGCAGCAAUUAUUGAAGCAAAAGAUAAGCUAAUAGUGAAAAUGCCGAUGUUUAAAGUAAAAGUUAAAUGGGGACGCGAGCUGUUCCCUGACAUUGAAGUAAAUACGGAUGAAGACCCUAUAUUGUUUAAAGCGCAGCUGUUUGCAUUGACUGGUGUGCAACCAGCACGUCAAAAGGUGAUGUGCAAAGGCGGAAUACUUAAAGAUGAGGAGUGGAAUUUGCAAAUAAAGGAGGGGGCCACUAUUCUUCUUUUGGGGACUAAGGAAGAAGUGCCACAACAACCAUCAGAGCCGGUCAAGUUUAUUGAAGACAUGAACGAAAUAGAAAUGGCUACAGCGUUGGAGUUACCAGCAGGUCUUACCAAUUUGGGAAAUACUUGUUAUCUUAAUGCUACUUUACAAUGUCUACAUGCUGUGCCCGAAUUGCGCAGCGCAUUGGACAGUUUCCGUGUAGAAAAUGCUGAUGAUGAUUCGUUGGCUAUUACAUGUGGUUUAAAAUUUUUAUUUAAACAAAUGGAACGGGGGAGCACUAUUACUCCCAUAAUUUUAUUGCAAACAUUUCAUCGUGCCUUUCCACAGUUCUCGCAAACAGGUGAAAACGGCACAUACCGGCAACAGGAUGCCAAUGAAUGUUGGUCGGAACUGUUGAAAAUGUUACAACGAAAACUGCCAGCUAUAGACAAUACUGAGUCUGCUGAUGCGAAGGAACAAAUUAAGAAAUAUAAUUCUUUUAUUGAACAAUAUUUCGGUGGCGCUUUUGAAGUAAAAAUGAGUUGUAGCGAGAGUCCAGAAGAGGAAACGACAGUCGGCAAAGAGAACUUUUUACAAUUAAGCUGUUUCAUUUCCCCCGAAGUUAAGUAUAUGCUUAGCGGCUUAAAAUCCAAGAUGAAAGAGACUUUAGUGAAAUUUUCAGAAUCCUUAGGUCGUGAUGCCAAUUACAGCAGAUCAUAUUUGAUAAGUCGCCUACCAGCUUAUUUGACUGUUCAAUUUGUUCGCUUCCAAUACAAAGGAAAGGAAGGAAUUAAUGCGAAAGUUUUGAAGGAUAUUAAAUUUCCAAUCGAUUUCGAUGCAUUUGAGUUAUGUACUCCGGAUUUACAAAAUAAACUAAGUCCAAUGCGUGGAAAAUUCAAAGAGAUGGAAGAUAACAAAUUAAACCGCCAAACCGCCAAAGAUCCGCUGGCGGAGAAAGAUAAAAAAACCAGCGAAUCUGAUGAAAGAGCUAAAGCUGAAACUGAACAAUAUUGGUUUGAUGAAGAUUUGGGAAGCAAUAAUUCCGGUUAUUAUACCUUACAAGCUGUUUUGACUCACAAGGGACGUUCCAGCUCUUCUGGUCAUUAUGUGGCUUGGGUAAAGCAUAACGACGAAGUGUGGUUUAAAUUUGAUGACGACAUAGUUUCUUCGGUGACAAAUGAGGAGAUCUUACGCCUUUCAGGUGGCGGUGAUUGGCAUUGCGCAUACGUUCUUUUAUAUGGCCCGAAAUUGUUGCCCAAGCCUAUCGAGGAAAGCAAUUAGUUUGUGCCAUUCAGUAAAAAAAAAGAAAGUACAUAACAAAAUGUAUUUAGACGCAUUUCAAAAUAUUCAUAUUAAAAAAUAAUAUAAACACAGAUCAUAUUGAAAGAAGAGGAAAUUUAAUAUAGAGUAACAAGUUAGUAUGCAAAUCGAAACACACGCAGGGAGAGGAUUUCCCUUCUUUAUGACUACGACACUAGCCUCUCGACAAACUUUUCCUUUCAUUUUCAGCCCGUAGGCUCCAAGAAAAACUCUAUUAGGUAUCUUUUUUUCUAUUUUAUGUGGAUGAGAGUAUUAGUUGAAAUUUUUGUUAUUUUUAUUAUUCAUUCAUCUUCCUCUUGUAGCUUAUGUAGCAAAGAAAUAUUAGUGCAAAAUACAAUCACAAUUAUGAUUCAUUUAAACCUUGAGAACAAGCUGCGUUACUAUUUUAUGCAAAAUUGAUAAAAAAAAAAUUAAAA